CUUCACGCUUGACGAUAAACCACCACUGCCGCCACCAUGACCGACGUCGAAAUGAAACCCGCCGAUGACAAGAAGAAAGAGGAGACCAAGAAGGAAGAGAAGAAAGAGGAACCCAAACCACAACUAACACCACUCGCAGAGAUCAAGGCGAAUGCAGCCCUAUUGGAAAGAGCAGUGUCUUCCUUUGAACCACGAUUCACCCAUCGAGUUCUGCGGACGUUGACUGCAUUGCGAAAACGUAUUGACUUUACGGUGCUGAGGAAUGCGGUUGAGGAAAUCUAUACCAAAGAUAGUCCAGUAAAGAAGGAGCUGCUUGGAUGGAUUCCAGCCGAGACGCCCCCAACCGGGGACAUGGAGAUUGACUCUUCAGCUAAAAAGACGCCGACAGCUGAGCCUGUUCCAGAGGUGGAGAUCUACCUCCGCCUCCUCAUCCUCCACCAUCUCUUGACAGCCAAAGAGAACUACCCCAAAGCUCUGGAGCUUGCAAACCAAACGGUAGAGAAGAUGCAGUCACUUAAUCGUAGGAGUAUGGACGCUAUCGCCGCCAAGGUGUGGUUCGCAGUCCAACGUGCCUAUGAACUGGGUGCAGAAUUGGCCGAUGCUCGACCACUUUUCCUCGCAGCUCAACGUACCACAGCUCUGAGGCACGACGACGAGGCGCAGGCCUCACUCAUUAACUGCAUCCUUCGAAGCUACAUUCAAUACAACCUCUACGACCAAGCCGACAAGCUCGUCUCGAAGACAACCUUCCCUGCCUCCGCAAGUAACGCCCAGUUCGCUCGUUACCACUACUACCUUGGCCGCAUCAAAGCCGUUCAAUUGAACUACAGUGAUGCCCACACCAACCUCCAACAGGCCAUUCGUCGCGCCCCACCAGGAAAAUUAGCACCUGGUUUCUACCAGGCAGUCCACAAAUACUUUGUCGUGGUCGAAUUGCUGAUGGGCGAUAUCCCCGAUCGUGCUCUGUUCCGACACCCCGUCCUCGAGAAAGCCCUCGGCGCCUACUUUGACAUUGUCAAAGCUGUCCGAACCGGUUCCCUCUCCGAAUUCCAAACCACCCUCUCCAAACACGCUGCCCAGUUCGAAGCCGACAGGACAUACACUCUCAUCGUCCGACUCCGCCAGAACGUCAUCAAGACUGGUAUUCGACGACUCUCACUGUCAUACUCGCGGAUAUCCCUGCGCGACAUCUGCGUCAAGCUCCACCUCGAUUCUGAGGAGGACGCUGAGUAUAUUGUGGGCAAGGCGAUUCGAGAUGGUGUCAUUGAGGGCAAGAUCGUGCACGAGAAGGGCUGGAUGGAGUGUGGUGUGCAGAAGAAUAACUAUGGACCAGAAGUUAGCGAGCUCUUCGGACGACGUAUCGCCUUCUGCUUGAACCUGCAUAACCAGAGUGUCAAGGCCAUGCGAUACCCACUUGAUGCUCAUAGAAAGGAGCUAGCCGCCGUUGAGAAUGCUCGUGAAAGAGAGAAGGAGUUGGCCAAAGGCAUCGCAGACGGGGAUAUUGACGAGGACGAUUUCAACCCUGAGCCUGGAUUCUAAGCACACUAAUUAUCCAUGGAAUCAAUGCUCGAAUCGAUUCGUUUGCAGAGUGAA